CUUCUAGGAGGGGCAGCAUUAUUGGAUGGGGGCUAUUUCCCCACGUCCUGAGAGGUGCUCUGGUUUUCUUCUGCCUCCCCCGCGCAGGAACCCAAACUCACGUCCGCACCCUCUCGCGCGCUCAUGCACACACGCAGUCACUGUUCCUCCGACGCGACCAGGAACCCAACCGGCGGGCUAUCACAAUCGCGGGCUGAGCGCGAGGUCUUCCAUUUCCUUCUGAAGUAGCGUGGUUGAACGACACUCCCGGAUGCGCGCAUGGGGCAACGCAGAGGUACCGAUACCGCUACUCCACGGCCGUCUUCUGCAGCGCUUUUUUGACCAUAAUUUCCAGGCGAUGCCAGCGGUGGCGACGAGGGCCUCCCAGGAGGCCGAGAAAGGGGAGAAGGUCGAACGGUAGCUGCAUGGCUACCCUGUCCUCCUCCGAGCACACAGACCCAUGGGGCGAACAUCAGGCUGCGCAGGGGCGGAGCGCAGAUGCGGGGGAGGGCGCGGGAGGGGAGGAGGAGGACGAGCGGCAGCGGGGGCGGAGAGCAGCAGGCUCCGCCGGGCAGGCUGGGCUUGGCGAGCGACGAGGCGGGCGCGGCGCCAGAGGCCGGAGCAACGGAGCCGGCGCGGCACGUCGCUGAUCGUGACCCUCCUGACCCUGCCCGCCUGGCCCAUCUGGAACAGGAACCCGCUGGAGUUCCUCCCUGCCGCCGACAAGGAGAAGGCGGCGAAGAAGGACCGGCAGCAAGGAGGGCGCCUCCUCUGGAAAGGCCAAAAAAGGCUCCGCUGGCAAGAAGAACAACAAGGAGAACUGAGGCGUGGCCGACCCGAGCGCUGGCAGCAGCCGCCGUGCUCCCCCGAGACGGCCCCCCUCCCGGCGCGAGCGCUGCGCCCCUGCCGCCCCUCCCCCGCGCGCAUGUCCCUCCCCCUCCGUCGCCUCCCCCCCUCCCCCUUUGUUUUCCUGUCCCCCCCGCUUGCGUGCCAUGCCUCGCACGGCGGCGCCCGCCAGCGGGCGACCGACCUGGCACGCGCGCAAAAGAAGCUUGGCGAGGAUUUGUCGUUGUCGGCG